UGUGAUAGUGGUUCUCUUGAGUCUUGUCAAGUUUCUUCUUCCACGAUAACCAUUGAAUUAUUUAAUGAGGUUAAGUCACAUAUCAGGAAAUGAAAAAACAUAAUUUUUUAAAAGUCUGGUAGAUAUCGGUGAGCAGCAACGUUUAAUAAAAACCCUUAUUGAUUUUACACUGCACAAAAAAAGGGAUUUAUGAUGAUUCGUCAUGAAAUUGUAAAAAAAAUUACAUCCAUACCUAGAGGUCUAUUUUUUAUGCGUUCUAGCAGUUCACAAGUGGAUAUUGAAAAAAUAGAAAGAGAGUCUCUCACGCAAUCCGACUUUAUUGAUGAGGAGUCGAAACGAAAGGAGGAAGAAAUAGAGUCCAAAAGAAAUAAAUCACGUCUCCGCCGACAUGAUAGAAGUAUUUUAAUGGAUAAAAAUCCUUACCCUGAGCCUAGGUUUUGGCAUCACGGAACUCUCAAAUAUCUGCGAAGAACUUACGGUCGUUACGGAGAAGCCUCUGGUAUUGAUCCGUCUAUCUGCUGGCCUAUAAAACAAGAAUUGGAUGAUGUGAAAGAAUAUGAACGAGUCAAGUAUCCGUUUAGCAUACCACAAAUGGUAGCUGAUGCGCAGCAAACACGCAAAGUUAAAGAAGAAAGAAAAGCAGCACGACAAAAAGAGAUUAUUGAGAAAAUGGAAAAACUGGAGGGGUGGAAGAAAGAGUUGUAUGAGAAAAUUGCUAAAAAAGAAAGUGAAGCUAAAGCUGCAAAGGCUCGUAAAGAAAAGUUGAUUGAAGAAGUUAAACAACACUUUGGUUAUACAGUGGAUCCAAAGGAUGAAAAAUUCAAGGAACUUCUAGAGAAGAAGGAAAAGGAACAGAAGAAAACAAUGAAAGAAGAAAGGCGAAAAGCCAAAGAAGCAAAAAUGCUUGAUAAGUUGCUAAAGAAAAAGGAACCUGUAGACACAGAAAAGGCAGAUACACAAAAUGUUACUAAUGUUAAAGAUGAGUAAUGUAAAAAUGUAGAUACAGGAAUUUAUUGAAUACAUUUAUUGUAAUGUCCAUUUAAUUAUUCAUUUGGAAGUAAGAUAAUCCUUACAUACAUUUUCAGAAGCCCA